GGGGAUAGGAAGAAAGUGGCAAACAUCUAAAGCAUAGGGAUAAGCGUCAAAUUUUCGCAGGCUGUAACGUCAACAGCUUGAGUGUGCAGUCCUCCUUGCCAAGGAAGGAGAGGCGCCAGGGACCAUGAGUGACAAUGGCCCUCAUACAGAGGCGCCGAUGUACUUUGAGGUGGAGGUGGAUCCCCUGGGGCAUGACGAUGAAGAAGAAGAAGAGGACAAGAUCCACUUUGACAAAGAUGAUGAUCUGAUUGCUGAGCCUUCGUCGUCCUCUGGUCGGGUGUACGACCGAACCACAGUGCUAAUUGAGCGGGACCCUAUCCGGCUAGAUGAGGAGGGUGAAGAGGAGGGUCAUUGUGGAGGGGAUGAAGAUGGGGUCACCUUCUUAACCGAAGGGGAAGGAGAUGGUGAUGAGGAGGAUGGCUCUUUGGCCUUCAUGACCGACCCUGACGGCAUGUCACAGGGUUAUGUGCACCACACUAUUUCUCCAGACCAGAUCCAGUUCACUAUAAAUCCAGGCUCCACCCCGAUGCCACGCAACAUAGAGGGGGCCACCCUCACCCUGCACUCUGAGUGCCCAGAGACCAAGCAGAGAGAGGUGAAGCGCUACCAGUGCAUGUUCGAAGGCUGCACCAGGACGUACAGCACGGCAGGAAACCUGCGAACACACCAGAAGACACACCGGGGAGAGUACACAUUUGUGUGCAAUCAACAGGGCUGUGGAAAGGCCUUCCUCACCUCGUACAGCCUCAAAAUCCAUGUCCGUGUUCACACCAAGGAGAAGCCGUUUGAGUGUGAUGUGCAAGGCUGCGAGAAGGCCUUCAACACAUUAUACAGACUAAAAGCACACCAGAGACUUCACACAGGCAAGACAUUCAACUGUGAAUCAGAGGGAUGCACAAAGUACUUUACCACACUUAGCGACCUGAGGAAGCACAUUCGCACACAUACUGGGGAGAAGCCAUUCCGGUGUGAUCACGAUGGCUGUGGCAAAGCCUUUGCUGCAAGUCAUCACCUAAAAACACAUGUACGGACACACACAGGGGAGAAGCCAUUUAACUGUCCCAGUGACGGCUGUGAGAAGACUUUUAGCAGCCAGUACAGUCUGAAGAGUCACAUCCGAGGCCACGACAAAGGACAGCCCUUCACAGUCACCCUCACCCAUCCGCUCUCUGAAGAUGCAAAUCACUCGCUGUGCCUCAGCGACUUGAGCCUCAUCUCUACAGACUCAGAGCUACGAGAGAACAUCCAUAAUGCUCAAAAUUUGGACCUCAGCAAUGUGACCCCAGUGAAAAUCUUUGAGCUCAUGUUCCAGAGUCCUGAAAAUAGUGUCAGCCAAGAUGAUGUCCAUCCCAAUGAGAGCCUUCCUGAAUCCUUCAGCAUAGAGAGGUCUACCCAGUCAGUAGUGACUGAUGGCUCGUCUCUCAUCUCUUUCUCUCUCCAUCCUUCCUGCUCAUCCUCCUGCUCGCACACAUCUACAGUCAUGGAGGCUCCUCCCCAGAUCAGUCAGACCUCUUCCUCACAGGCAUCCACUCCUGCCUCUGUCACCGCUACUGUCAGCAACACUCAGCCUUCCCCUUUCAUGCAACUAACUGGGCCUCAGCAGAUCUCUGAUGUGCCUGCUCAGGCUUCUGUCCAAGCACCAAACCAUGUCACCCCCCAAAACUAUGUGGCACUGCCACCCACAUUCCUGCCGCCAGAUAGCGCCACCCAGACCACUCCUGUACCACCAGCCAUCUCCGCUCCUCUUCCAGUGGCUCCAGCACUGACCUCCACAGCGCCAGGGACUGCUGCUGUGUCUGUCAUUGCAGGUACUGCAAAAGAUGCUCUGGUAGCUGGGGCUCAACCCGUGCCUUUGGCCAACAACCCUGUCCCAAACCCCGGCCCUAGUUUGGCUCCCGCCCCUGCCACCAUCACCAUAGCUCCCACCCCAAACCUGCUGCAGCCCAGCCUGGUCAUGUCUGACCAGAACCUCCAGUGGAUCCUCAGCAGUGCUACCAACAGCCAGCAGAACCCAGAGCAAACACCACAAGGAGGUCCAAAAGUGGAAAAAGUUUUCUUCACUACAGCCAUACCAGUGGGAGGAAAUGCUGGCAACUCGGUCCAGCAGAUCGGCCUCAGUCUGCCUGUCAUCAUCAUCAAACAGGAGGAAUCCUGCCAGUGCCAGUGUGCCUGCAGGGACUCGGCUAAAGAGAAGAGUUCAAAGAGUGCCUCCUCCACUGUUUCAGCCCCAGCACAGACACAACCACCUGAGCCCCCGCCUCCCCCGCUGCCACAACCCCCAGAGCCUCCACAGCAUCCAACCGCCUCAUCUUCCUCAUGCUGCCUCUCUGAGUCUUCCUCCAAGGUGGGUGAGGUGGCCCCCUCUUCUUCUUCUUCCUCUUCCUCCUCCACAGCUCAGACUUUCUCCACGAUAGUGAGCAGCACUGCCACAAACCCUCCUUCGUCUGGCACGUUAGCCAACAUGGAUGUCUCGGACUUCCUGUCCCUGCAGAGCCCCGAGACAGCUGCCAACAUUGAGGCUCUGCUGCUGGUCGCCGAUGAUUUCAACAUGGCCACUGAUGGCAAUCCUUAGAAGAGCUGCCUUCUGAGUCUGGCACCAUGUGUUCGUCUGUUGCACCCACUUAUGCACAGACAUCUAUUCCACCCACAUCUCGAGUCAUUCUCCACAGCGACGCCUCUUCUUUCUCCCUAUAUAGCGUGUGCAUCAAACCCCCUGUACCUGCAGUGCAUUCUGUUCUGUAAGGAACAGAAUGCAACAUAUAUAUAGAUAUAUAUAGAUAGAUAGAUAUAGACACAAACUAUGGAUACUUUUUCUGUUGAAGCUCACCGCAGUAAUUGAGUUUUAAAGAACAGGAUUAGUUUGCGUUUUGAGGUUUAGCAAAGUCAGCGUAUGCAGGGAAAAGGCAGUAGAUCCUUUUGUUAUGAACAUAAUCAAACUGUAUAUAAUAACCCUUGAUAUCAGCUCUGAAUUGAUUGAAUGAAACAAACGAGUGUCGUCCAAGCACUGAUAACUUAAGUUCCAUUUUCCUGGCUUGAAGGUCAAACACCUGAGCAGGAAAACAGAACUUGUCUGUAUAUCCUUGUACUGUACUACAGGUCCUAACAAAUGUUUAAAGCUGGUAUGCAACUGACCAGAAUGCACUGUAUAAUAGAGGAAGUUCAUUUUAACAAGCAUUGCUCCCAGUAGAAAUUUAAAGGGGUUUACCACGUAGCCCCUCAUAUGGCGGUCAUACUAUAUGAAGUAAUUUCUUCAGUGUUUUUGUUUUCUAGGAAGACUAGUGUAGUCCAUAAAAUGUGAUAAUUCUUUAUACUUCUUUUGACAGUUAUUUACUAAUUGAGAAAAGAACCUGUGAUCCGACCUGCCUGUCUUUAAGUGAAAUUAAUACAUCAAUAAGUUGCCUAUAACUUAAACUAAUUUAAAAUUGUACAUGUUAAUUUAUUUAAAUGCCUGAUUCUUUCAUUAUACUGGUAAUAAUAUUAUCUUCAAGAUAGCAAAAAAAUCUAUUAAUUUAUUCCAAUCACUUGUUGUAUUUUUAAGUUGAGUUGUUUUUAUGUUACUGAAAUGUUUUUUUAAUAACAUAGUGGGGGAAUGCUUGAGAAAAGAGGCACCUAGUAGACUGCACAGGGAAACAAAUUAUCCUGGAGGAAGUGCUUGUUUGCAAAAAAUGUCCACAAUGAAACAGUAAGGAACUACUGUCAACAUCCCAUGUUUUAUAGGGUUGUGACCCUCUCAGGGAUGCAUCAAGUCAUAACUGAUCCUGGUUCCCUUAAUUUGUUACUCUGACUUAAGUUUUUUUUUUCUCAUCAGAUGCCCCAACUUUGCAGUAGCCCUACGUUUUGCUGCACUCUUCCCUGUUUAUUGCACACUAACUUGUAAAGCGAGUAAUCCGACAGCUCGUUAGCUGAGGUGCAGCACCACUACAGAUGUUUUUGUAUACAACUGCUGUAAAGUAGCAUUUAAAAGAUGGUGUCCUGGCGACAGUGUAAAUACAUUUUAGUGUAAACAUCUUUGAGAAACUUGUAGAUUAUUCUAGAAUUUGUAUUUUUGUAUAGACUUUUGAAUUACUAACUCUCAGAGUUUGGAGCUAAUGUAUACCCUCUAUCCUUGCAUCCUCUCCCCAGUCACAUUUAUGCAGAAGAGUUUUUGCUGUGUUUAGUUGAGUAGUUCUUCAGCCAGCUGGGCUUUUGUACAGUCCCCAUAGUAACAAAAUAUAUGUAACAAAUAGCCUCCUGCUCAGAGUAUAAUUUAACAGUAUUGUUUCACACGGGACACAAUGCAAUGAUGAUAGAACGAAGGCAUUAUGCCCUGUAUACUAGAGUGUAGAGCUACUUGGCCUUACAACAUAACUGCUCUAUGAGCCUCCUUGCCUUGACAGUCUCUGCUUCAGACAGACUUGCCAUCGACAUGCCGACACGCUCAUCUUCACUGAGUCUCAGGCAAUCACUUCCAGCAGCAGAUCAUAAUCAGGCUAAAGCAGUGAGACAAAACUUUAUUGUUAACCUAGAAUCUGUUUUCCAGCUAUCUGUUUGCAAAGUAAGUGUUUAUGCAGCCUAUACAAGUGAUGCGAUUCUACAUUUUUUUGAUUGAGGUUUUGGGAUCAAACCAAACCGGCAUGCAUGUAACAUAAGUUGUCUGGCUUUUUUUUUUUGUCUAUUUGCCAAAAUUUAGGAGUUGAGCCUCAAUUUACAUGUGCCAAGGUGGCAGAUAGAUUUGUUGUGAAAGGCUCCAGGCUCAUUCUGUGCUCAAAACCAUUCCAUGUAUGCAGUAUAAGAAUCAGGAUUAUCUCUACUUUCAAAAAUGUUUUUAAUUUACUCACCAUUUCCCCGUUAAGGCACUGGGUGAGUGAAAUUACUGCCAGGAGUCUCAUACCAUCAAUGUUUAUUCUCAUACACGCAUACAGUCAAUGAACACAACUAUGCAAUUUUACAUAUGGCAUUCAGAUAUUUAAACAGACAGAGACAAAGAUUUAUUCCUCCCUCCAUUCAAUUAUAUUCUGCCACAAUUUAAUAAUAUGAACUCCAGAGGCAAAACCUGCCUUUCCAGUGCAUACAAUGUUCAGCAUGUUUCUUGAACUCCAGUUUAUUUCAUUUCAUGUUUGAGUGGUGUGAUUCUGGACUUUGUUAUGUGUCCAAGUACUGUUCCCAUGAAUGUUGCACCACAGUGAUCCUUUUACAUGCUGUUUAAACCCCAAUUGGAUUUGUUUGAAGGAGUACUUCAUGAAUGAAUGAUUCUGUUUUAAGAAUUAUUUUUUGGUCAAGUGUAUGCAGCUUUUUUUUUUUUCAAACACAUUAUGCGUAAACAUGUUUCAUUUUGGGCUCACUCCAUAAAUGUAAUCAUCUCAGCCUUUCAUGUAUUUGAAUUUGACGUGGAUUAUUUGUUGGUUCAUUUUCACCACUGAAAGUUAAACUUAACAGCUGCAGUUUUCUUUUAUUAAUAAGCAGAGAAACUGUUUAUGACUUGUGGCCCAGGUUUGUCUUUCUGAAGUUUACCUGAAAAGGUAACAUCAGCAUAUCACUGAUGGGGAAAUUUCAUUGGAAGUAGAUUGUUUCUUCAAAUAUAGCCAGAGUUUUUUUGGAAAUUGAGAUUAAGAAUUUCCUAACCUAUUUACAAUUGGGCAAUAUUAAAAUAGUAAACAAACCAUCUGCUUCCAGGGGAAUGUCCGAACACCCAAAGAGAGAGGAAUUGUUAAGGAUUUGUAUUUUUAAAAAAGAAUGUAUAAUGUGAAAGUGUUUUGCUUAUGCUUGUUUCGUAUAAAGUAACAUGAUAAAUACAUUUGGGAAUUGAGAGCAAUAUAAUACUAAUAAAACCUUAUCCUUGUCACUGAAA